UGGGUUGUACGGUGGAUUCCUGUUGGAGCACUGCGAGUACUGUGAACAAGGCAUAUUGCAUGGGAAAUACAUACAUUUGAAUGGAUUUAGAGGUCAGAGGAGUGGCUGCUUCUGGGAGCCAAACUCGGCUAUUUUCUCAGCGAAAGAAUUCAAUACAAAAAAAAUGGACCUCCAGACCAUGGAUGAUCCAGAACUCCUGCCUACCUAUGGUUCCACCACUUGAUCUUGGAAGCCUUGUUGACUCUGAUGAGGAGGACAAUUUUUCACAAGCACCGCAUGGCAAAGUGCACGAUCAUCCCAACCCACCAAAGUUACGUUCUACCCUGGGCUGGGUGAUGCCGUGCCAAAGACCAUCCACUCAGCAUCAACUAAAUGAAGUGGAGCAGGACAUAAUACCUGAAGAUUUGCCAGCACCAACAGGCAAAUAUAAGCUAAAAUAUCAACAAUAUGCAACUGAAAUGAAAGAGGGAUACAAACAGUACAUUCAGAGAAAUGCAGAAAAGGCAAAAGCAACUAGCACACUGGAGACUUCAAGAAACAAGAUAAAUGAAAGGGUGGAAGGAGCCAGUGUGGAUGACCUUAUGACUUUGGAUAGGAAAGCCCUGUUACAGCAAGGCUAUGCAGAUAGCCCUUACCAUAUAUGGAACAGCACAAGAAAAUCAGAUGCGGAAACUGUGGCUGUAGAGAAGAAGAAACAGACUGUCACAGAGCAAAUGAUGAUAGACCACUUAUCCAGGGCUGUCAUCAGCGAUCCAGAACAAGGUUUAAGCACCAUUAAACAAGAGAGUUCUCACAUCCCUCCAGACUCAGAGAGGGCGCCACUGCGAGUAAUAAGACGAACUCUGCAUGAAACAAAGAUAAGAACCAACUCCACACUAACAGAGAAUGACCUUUCUCGGAAAGUAGAAUUUGAUGGGAGGGUCUUAUCAAGAAAUGGACGUGAUGCCUGCAGGGAACUAAUUGGAUUUUUCUUUACCCACGACCAGUCCCUAACUGUGUAUGAGUAUCGAACUUUUGGGAAAAACAGAACAAACGUGCUUCCUUUUAUUAAGAAAGACAUUUACAGUCAUCAAUGUGGCAGGAGAAAAGGAAAGCAUUACCAGCUUGGUGACUUCUAUACUGGUGCAACUUUGACAUUUUUGAGCUGUGAUCAUCCUAGCCUUCCAAAGAGCAUAAAAGAAAACACAUUACUUAGACUACGAAUUACAAAUACUGAUCAAAUAGCUUUGAAUUCUCUGAAAAGUGCCUCUGUGGAACCCGGGGAAGAUGACACAGUCAGUCAGGAGGCCCAUGAUCGGCUGGUGCUGCAGACCGUCCAGGGUAAACUAAAAGAACAACUACACAAGAAAGGCGUCCGUAUUUUGACUGGAUUGGGGAAACACUUUCAACAUUUGGACAAAGCAGGGAAAGGGCUUUUAGCCAAGGCAGACUUUCAGCAAGCUCUGAAAAUCUUUCAUUUAGACGUGUCCGAACAGGACUUUGAGUCUUCUUGGUUAAUUCUGCAAGGCAGCAGCCAUAGCAAGAACAAGGUUGAUUACGGAGAAUUCAAACGUGCCAUUUUUGGUGAAAUGAAUGAAUACAGAAAAUCAUUUGUUCGCAAGGCCUUCAUGAAACUGGAUUUCAACAAAACUGGCAUUGUGUCCGUUAUAGACAUAAGAAAGUGUUACUGUGCGAAGAAGCAUCCACGUGUGGUUUCAGGGCAUUCAACAGAGGAGGAAAUCAAAUCAUCUUUUCUAGAAACAUUGAAAGAUGACUGCAGCAAGUCUGAUGAAGUUUCAUAUGGGGAGUUUGAAGAUUACUAUGAAGGCCUAAGUAUAGGGAUAGCAAGUGAUGAAGAUUUUGUUAAUGUCUUACGUACUCCAUGGGGGAUUUAG